AUGACUGGAAACAAUGUCAACCUCACUUCCAUUUCCAAUGAUACCGAGAGAGAAAACAUAUUUAAGAAAAGAAAAGAUGGUAUAUUGAAGAAAGUAGAGGAACUCACUACUCUUUACGGCAUCGCAGCAUGUACCAUCAUAUACAACAUAUUUGAUUCUCAAUCUAUAAUAUGGCCAUCGGUGGAUGAAACAAGGAAUCUUGUCAUGGAAUUUCAGUGCUCAUCAGAGGUUGAUCAAGUGAAGAAGGAGGUCAAUCAAGAGGCCUUCAUGAGGCAGAGGAUCCAAAAGAUGGAGGAGAAGCUAAGAAAGGAACAAGAGGAGAAUCGUCUUAUGGAAAUGACACAUAUCAUGUUUCAAACCAUGAUAAAUCCGAGAGAAGCGUUGUCGGGGCUGGCUAUGGGAGAUUAUGAAGAGUUGAUUGGGGUUAUCAACCAGAAUAUGGAGAACGUUGAGAGGGUUAUGAAGAUUCGUCGGAGGGAGUAA